UUUGUAGCCACGUUAGCAAUCUAGCUAGCUAGUAAGACUGCUGGAGCUGUGCGAUUGGGAUUGGCUGUUUUAGCUCUGCUAGGUGUUAUAGCUGCGCAUCUCUUCUUGCUAAGAGAUAUUAUGGAGUUUCCAUUUAAUAUUAACCAGUUAUUCACAGAGAGGGUCACCGUUUUGGACCAUGCCCUUGUUGCAGGUCGUGAAUCUACAGGAAGGCCAGAUCUUCAGGCCAACAUAGCCACAGUUAUUGAUGAACUUGGGAGAGCCUCAGCAAAGGCCCAGCAGCUGACUGCACCCAUAACAAGUGUAUCCAAGCUGCAGUCCCAGAGGCAUCAGGUCUACCUGCUGAAGGACGGAGAGAGCAAUGGAGGACGUGGUGUAGUUGUGGGAUUCCUCAAAGUCGGCUACAAGAAAUUAUUUCUACUUGACAGACAAGGUGUACACAUAGAGGCAGAGCCGCUGUGUGUUUUGGAUUUUUACAUAGCAGAGAACGUGCAGCGACAUGGCUACGGGCUGGAGCUGUUUGAUUUCAUGUUGCAGCACAAGGAUUCAGAGCCAGUGCUCAUGGCUUACGACAGGCCCUCGCCCAAAUUCCUGUCGUUCCUGGCGAAGAAAUACUGCCUGACACAAAGUGUUCCUCAGGUUAAUAACUUUGUGGUGUUUGAGGCAUUCUUCCUCAACAGAUCAGUGGCCCAAUUGAGAAAAGUUCCCCUAAAAAGGCCAGACGGAGAGAUCAAACCUUACUCUUUAAUGGAGAGAGAAGUGGUACGUCAGGAGCAGAGGGUUCCUCCUUGGCCAUUUGUCCCUCCUCACUCACCCCAGCGGUCGGUAUCCUCCCAGUACUACCACUCCCUCAGCGUGGGAUCCUCCCCCACCAGAGCGCCCCUUCGAGCCGCCCCAGCAUAUGCCCCUGGGGGCAACAGGGACCAGAGCCCACAAUCCCCUCUCAUCGAGCGUUGCAGAGCAAGACGCAGCAGCCAACAGGGUCUAGUUGCAAGAUGCAGCUUGUACAGUCGGCACAUGGACAGCAAAGCUGUGGGACUGCUAGACAGACACUUAACAGGUCCGAGACCAGUGGGGAAUCAGUCAUACGCACUGGGAUACACAGACACACACAGGUUGGCCAGUAUUCACAUACCACAAAGCAGGUCCCAGCCUCUCUCAAUUCUAAGUCACUCUGCAUCCAAGAACAAUGCCAUCUGCAGCCAGACCUCCGUAGACAGAGAGACACAGCUGGUUACAGAUGCUGAAGGCCUCGGUGUUGAAGAGGAGAUCAGAGCAUUGAGUCCAACGGGAGACCUCUUGGUCAUUCAGAGACAUCUGCUGGACAAAGAGAGUGAAGGAAGUUGCUGGUCCUGGACUGUGGGAGACAACAGCUACACUGCUCAGUGGGUGAAGCACAAGCAGGAAUACAGGAGCACCCGUCCCUGGUGAUGGCUGGUGUGGGGUUUUACUUCUGUUAUGAUUACCAAAUGAAACAUUAUUUCAUUCAGUGCAGAAAAGUGAAUUCAGCAUUGAAA